AUGGGUGUGCUCAUGGGUGUGUUCUUCCCUUGUAUACAAAACAUCUUCGGUGUGCUAUUCUUCAUUCGAAUGACGUGGAUCGUUGGCACCGCGGGCAUUGUUCAAUCGUUUUUCGUUGUUCUCGUUUGUGUUUCUGUGACGUUCCUCACCUCGAUUUCUCUGUCGGCAAUCGCCACUAACGGGGUGGUAUCGGGUGGAGGACCGUACUACAUGAUCUCCCGUAAUCUUGGACCUGAACUCGGCGGUGCUGUUGGUAUUCUGUUCUAUCUGGGAACGACGGUAGCCGCCUCUAUGUAUCUGACCGGAGCUGUGGAGAUAUUCUUGUUGUACAUAAUGCCUGGAGGCAAGGUGUUCGAGAGUAUCUACAAUAAUUUCCGGUUGUUCGGUUCCGGAUUGCUGUUUUUGGUUGGUCUGAUCGUCCUCGCUGGAGUUAAGGUGGUCAACAAGUUUGCAUUACCACUCGUAUUUGUCGUACUAUUCUGUAUAUUUUCGUCGUUUCUUGGUGCCUUUGUGAAAUUCAACGGUUCAGACUCGCUCAAAUUUUGUAUGAUGGGCGAUCGACCGGUGGAUGUGACAACCUACUAUGAAACGACACGCACGUCUUCGGCCGAAUUGUACGGUAGAGGGUCUGAGGCCGUUGUUCUGCUCUGA